GAGUAGUUUUAGUUCUUUCAUCUUAAUCUGAUUUGCUAAAUAAUAAACUGAAGCUGAGUAAUAGUAACUCUAGAGACCCGUGGAUUCGAUAUUUAUCACUUGAGCCACUAUACUGCAGUCCCUUUCAUUGGUUACACUUGGCCUUUGUUAGGUGUUGUGUUUUAGAGCAUCAAGUUUUUGGCGCCGUUGCCGGGGACUUUCUAGAGUAUUAGGAAAGGCAGAAGUUUGUUACUUUAGCGUUUUUCUUUUCUUUUCCACCCUUGCUUUUCACUUGGGUGUUUUUGUUUUUGUUGGUGCAGAUCUGAAUCAUGGAUCCUAAUGGCUUCUCCAAUCAUUGGGGGUAUCCACCACCAUCUGGGUGGUAUUACCCCGAGACUCCCUGGAGCAAUCAAGGCGGAAAAGACUAUGGAUUCGGGUUCCAGUACCAACCCCCUUACUACGGAGAACAACCGGACCCCUGGGCAUAUCAAGAACAACCUCAUUAUCAAGAAGAAUUUCUCCCACAACCAGAAGGGCCAUCAGCGCAAGAGUUACUCAUGGAGCAGUUUGCUCGAGACUGUGAGAGAACAUGCUCCAGGAUGGAUCAGUGUGUCCAGGCCUAUCGCGAAACAGAUGAGAUCCUCCUGAGCCUUAAGAAGAGCGUCGAUGAUCUUGAGCGAUCUUGGGCGCAACCUGCUCCAGAUCACCCUUCUGCUACCAUACAAGAAGAGGAGGAGGAAGAAGAAGGCUACAAGGGCAUUGUGGAACACACUGAAGUUGUCACGGAGAGCUCCCGUGAUGAUCAUGAUCAGGCGUGUCAUGUCGUAGCCGACCACACCUUCCCACACCCCAAACUGAGCUUUGAAGAGGCGGGCAUGAGUGAGGAGAUGCAAGAAGAUCUCAUGAAAGAAAUUGCUUGGCAACUUGCUCUCCAAUCCGUGCUAGAAGAAGAAGAGCAAGAAAGGGUGCAGAAAGAAGUUGUGGAGGAUGACGAAAGUGAAGCUAGAGGAGUUCUUGAUCAUUUCCCAGGGGUGAUACCACAUGAAGAAGGAAGGGAGGUUGAAGAAGCAAUUGGCGUCCAGGCUGAGGACGAAGUUGAGGUGGAAGAGGCUUGCACCGGCCAUGAGUUACAGGUGAUAUCUCCACCAAACUUCGAGGAACUGCUUAGCAAGGACCCAUUUGCAGUGUCUCUUUGCCAGACCAAGGCCACCUCGACAUCGGUCCCUCUUGGUGGACGCGAUGGUGGCCAAUCGAUGUUGUCAUAUCUGGUUUGGGGCAAUGAGACGAGAGAAGAGAAGAAGAGGUCUCGAGGGUGGAGACUUCAUCUGCAUCAAGUACAUGAGCCUUCAUCACCUGCCACACCACAUGCUCGUGACUUGAGACUCCACCUCAUCGACGAGAACCUCAACUUCAAGGAGGUUCUAGCAUGGACCGAAACUUAGGAGCCAUCGUCCGGCUCACGACGUAAAAGAAGUGCUUGUUGGGAGGCAACCCAACCAGUCGGUUUGCAAUUCUUUCUCUAUUUCUCCUCGGUUGAGUCAGUUUUGUUAUUUGAUUUUAGAGUCAAUAACUCAACCUUUGUGAGAUUUUGUGUGGUGUUUGUGUUCUGAUUACUCUCUCUUCCUGGACUGCACUGCCUGACCCGUACAUCAUCAUUCACCCUUGAUCUGGUAACUUCAUUCAACCCUCCUUAUCUUUCCUCCAUUGAGGACAAUGUCAUGCUUAAGUGUGGGGGGAUGUUCGAUUAUGUAUGCGGGUGAAUGUUUGGCUGUUUGUGUGCUUGGAGCCUAGUCCACUGUCCAAAUUUUUAAAUUUGAGGGCUCCAAGUACGUGUUCCUUGCAAUUGCCUACUCAGUAUGCUUUGAAUUGACAGUCUUUACAGUAAUAUGCAACCUAGGGAGGUAGUGUAGCACUAUGGAGGAUGUUGAUGCAUUUAAGAAGUCUCAUUUCUUCUUCAUAUAAAGUUGGUUGAUUGAGUGAAUUAGUGAUCUUAGGACCCUUGAAUUGUGUGGUGUUGUGGAUUCUCUGCCUGUCAUGGACUCUUGUAUCAUAUUUUAAGUUUAACAGGUGCCCGAAAAUGUGCUUCAAAAUAAACGUCUCCCGUGCGAAUAGGGCGAAAGUGUGUAAGGGGAGACGGGAAUUCGUUCCCAAUUUCCACCUACUACCUCCAGCCCCCUUACAUGUCUUUCCCCCGCACGAGGCUCGAGACAUCCGCUCCUGGCAUGGCCGGUAAGAGCAGGUUGGGACCCUUGAAAAAAAAAGAGUAAAGAAAAAAUAACAGAAAACAAGCAAAACAGAAAGAAAAGGGGUUCCAACCAUCUUCAAAGAAAAUAGAGCACCUUGAAAAAUGUGAGUCCAUGAUCCUUUGUUUUUGAGAAUCUCUUCAUCCACGAUUCAUUUGUCCUCUGUUCACUGUUUGCCAUGAUGCCGACUCGCCGAAGAAGUUAUGAGGUGACUUGUGCGUCGGUUGACCUCGUAAGCUGCUAAACGAUCUAGGAAGUCCUCUACCUACGAUCUGGGUUGUUUGUUGCUAUAGAGGUCUGGAGAGUUGCAUUGGUUUGAGUUAGGUUUGCUUGGGGACAAGCAAACGGUUAAGUGUGGGGGAGUUUGAUAGACCGUCAUUUACACAUGUUUUUACCCCCAUUCUUACACCGUUUGAGAUGUGAUUUCUCGUGGUUUAGACCGAUUUCACGCUAGGUUGUGCUUGUUUGUGAUGUUUCAGGUCCUAGUACGUGAAUGAAGGCUUAGGAGCGAGUCUGGAGUCGAUUGGACGAAGAACGGACAAAUGGCGAGGUUUUUGGGGAGCUGCACGGGCAGACCAGGGAGGCCGCACGGCGUGCACGUGAGCAAUAUGGCCGUGCGCCUUAUGCCGAGGACACGCACGGGAAAAAACCAGCCUUGCACGGCCGUGCACCCUGGCCGUGCGAGAGGGCUGAAGUUCGACUAAAUGACACGCUGCGUUUUGAGUUGCACGGCCAGAAUGGUGAUAUGCACGGCCGUGCACCCUGGCCGUGCGAGUCGGGAUUUCCUGGUUUUAAGCCAAAUUCCGAACCAAAGAGGAGGGAGAGCUGGGUUUUGGAUCCCAAACACCCAAGGGACGAACCAAAGAGAGAGAGGGCGAUUUGAGGGCAUUCUUGGAGUGGAAUUGGAGGAUUUCUCCGCCUUGAAAGCUCGACGAACAAGCCCGGACUUGAAGACUGAUCAUCUGAAGAUUCUUACUGCAGUCUCUCUCUUCUCUAUGGAGUAACUUCCCUUCACUUAGGUUUUGAGGAACCCUAGCUAUGUUUGUUUGAUUGGAUGAUUGUAUGAGUACUCUGACUGGAUAAUCUUGAGUUCAUAUUCAAUCUAUGCAUGUUUUCAUGAUUCAAUUCUGCUUUAGUCGAGAUUAUUGAUUCUGCUUUGAUUCUAUGAGAGGGAAUACCUGAUUAGGUCAAUAGAGCACCAUAGAUUGAUAGUAGUGGAUCGAUUGCUUUAGUCGAGGGUUGAUUCACUGCUUUGUAUCGAUUGAGAACCUCUUUCGAUAGAGGAAGUCUAGUUCAGAACGCCUUGAUCAGUUGUUCUAGAGAAGGAUACGUCCCUCUAGGCAAUUGACUCAAGAGGGCCUUGUUCCUUUAGUCGAGACUCAAGGUCUACUCAAGGAUUCUCCGCAUUGUGAAUGAAAGUGAAACAAGUUGGAAAUCAUCAAUCGUUAGUCUGGCUAGUGGCUAGGAGGAAUCAUACCUAAGUGAGUUCCCAACCUGUAAUUAGAUUAACUUUAACUGUAGUUUGCUAGAGUAGUUUUAGUUCUUUCAUCUUAAUCUGAUUUGCUAAAUAAUAAACUGAAGCUGAGUAA